AAAAGUGCAAUGUGUAGAAUUCGUAAAUUUGUGCAGAAAUGUUUCAAAGUUCAAAUGUGACGUUCUUCAGUUCAUUAGAUCGUCGACUACCACAGUUUCUCCUCAUACUAUCACGCCACCUAUAGGAAUAAUCAACGGAUCUGACACAUCUAUGAAUAAAUCUGACAUCGCUGUUAAUGGCGGAAGACCGGAAGGUCCAGUUGUCACUGCCGGAAGUAGAAACUGGUGGCCUUUGCUAGCUUUAAUAGUGAUACCCAUUGUAGUUAUUUUGGCAUGCGUCGUCUACUGCCGUAGAAAAAGAUACCAGAAAGGUGCCCCUGUCCAAUAUCAAGAGGUGGAGACAAAAACACCGGAAGUAAAGAGUUUAAAAAACAACAGGAUAAAGAAGAGAGACUCUUUUAUCGGCCAAGGAGACAAGUUUGAAAAGGUUCCAUAUAUUGAUGCAAUUAUCGAUGAAACAGACGAUGGUAGCGAUAUAACUACUAAAGACGACCAAGAAAUCAUCGAAAUGCAUGACAACUAACGUCUCAAAACGUGCAUUAAAGUAUUAUUUACAUUUCAUUUUAUUUUCACAAUAGAUUUUUUACAAGUAAUGGCAUUCUAGGCAGCAAAGAAUUUUUUUGUUUAAACUUGUGAUGUAGUUUGGAGGAAAGGUUGGGUGCUUUACGUUAAAAAAACCAGACAAAAAUACGCAGCAAUUUUUAUUUUUUAAAAUAUUUUUUUAGUUCUAAACUGACGGUGUCACUGUCAAAUGCCAAAAGCAUUUUGCUUGACAUGUUUGUGAUUUUAAUACUAUAUUAAAAUACGCAAGGAUAUAUGAAAGUUAAAACAUAUUGUACGAGGGUCAUUCAAAAAAUACGUAGACAAUGUUCCUCAUCGUCAUAUUAUUAUUACAAGAUUAUAGAUCAACACAUUUUCGUAAAUAAAAACAUUUAUCUUGUCGAUGUGUGAAGUUUCA